AGUCGUUUGUCAGCUGACCGCUAGCUUAGAGGUAGGAGGUGCACACAUGUUUCAGAAACUCAUAUCAACUAAAUCCAUUACGUUUCUGUCAGGUUGAUAUUAUAAUGGCUGACAUGAAAUCCCACGUAAAAUGGAUGCUAUAAUGUUUUCUCUGCGCUGAGCAAGAGACCAAGUUAUGCUGAGAUUGCCUGGCUUUUUGAAUGUCGUACGCAGAACUCUAUGCAACGCCGCAGAAGAGAUGGGCAAGAAGGGAAACUUUUUCUACGCUGUGAGGAAAGGAUUUAAACCCGGAGUGUAUCAGACAUGGGAGGAAUGUAAACAUCAAGUGGAUAAAUUCCCUUCUGCAAGUUUUAAGAAGUUUGCCUCCGAACAGGAUGCUUUGGACUUUGUGAGGAGCCAUUCCGAUGCAUCAUCCUCUGCGGGAGCAAAUGGAUGUGAAUUAGAGGUUCUGCCUCCUAGAAAUGUGCCUUGUUCCUCAAUGGCUGUGUCUUUUGGAAGUAAAAGGACCCAUGAUGAGACUGAGGAUGAAGGACCGUCCUGUCCGAAACGAGUAAAGCUCAUUGAGGUCCCACAGCCAAAGACCGGAACAACUAGCAGUGAUGGAUUUACAUACAUGGGUGAUGCUGUAGUGGUGUACACUGAUGGCUGCUGCUCAGGCAAUGGUAAACAUGGAGCACGUGCAGGAAUUGGUGUAUAUUGGGGUCGAGAUCAUCCACGUAAUGUGGCUGAGAGGCUUCCAGGGAGGCAGACCAACCAAAGAGCAGAAUUACAGGCUGCUUGCAAGGCACUUGAGCAAGCCAAGGAAAUGAAUUUUAAAAAGGUUGUGCUAUACACGGACAGCAAGUUCACUAUUAAUGGUGUCACAAGUUGGGUAAAGACCUGGAAGUCUAAUGGCUGGAGACUUAAAAGUGGUGGGGUCAUAAUCAACAAGGACGACUUUCAACAGCUGGAUAAACUAAAUGCAGAACUUGAUGUUGUAUGGAUGCACAUUCCAGGUCACGCUGGAUAUACAGGCAAUGAGGAGGCAGACAGACUGUCUAGAGAGGGAGCUGCAAAACCCACUUGUUAGGCUGCUGCUACUGACAUCUUUUUAUAAUAAUAAUAAACUAAUUUAGGUGGCUAGGACAGGUUUGUUUACCUUCUUGUUAAUGCACUUUUUCAGUUUUUUUGUGCUAGUGCUGUAAUGUUGCAGACAACACUAGACACGUGUCAUCUUUUUUUCCAAAAAGCUAAGCUUAUCUGAAACGUUUGUGUUUUUUGAUUGUUUUGUCAAUUAAAUUGUGCUUUAUUUUGUCCAUGA